CUAAUUCAUAUGACAAUGGAAAGUAGUUUGUCUUGUUGUACCGGGUAACGUAACCUCAAACAUUAGCAAUUUUGGAUAUUAAAAACUUUUUACGCCAGUUUCUGAGUUAAAAUCGACCCGGUUAGCGCUUGGCAACUUCCACUAAGGCGAGCAGUUCUAGUUUCCGGUCGGUUAACCCGUGACAAAGUCCCCGACAUGGCUGACGUGCCGUCUGCUGACAAUUCCUCAGAUCACAAUUUCGAAUACGCAAGUGAGUCUGAAUUGCUGGCCGAGUACAAUAAAUACAUGCGAGAUCCAAACAACGUGGAAGUGGCAGCCAACUAUCUCUUCCAGUCGCUUUUGGACGAAACAAUCUUGGGUGUGGUCUUCGAAGUGCAUCAGACCAUAAAGACUGGAAUGUCGGAGGCCGUGGAAGGUCAACCGGAAGACAGCAAGCCCUUCAAUAUCGUGGACGCAGCCCCGGAUUUCGAUGUUUUCGGUUCAAACACUGCCAAGAAGUCCGUCGAUUGUACAUGUCCGAAUUGCGACCGAUUGGUGUCCACAUCGCGAUUCGCUCCUCAUUUAGAAAAAUGCAUGGGAAUGGGAAGGAACUCGUCCCGGAUAGCGAGCCGGCGGAUUGCAAGUGCCAGGGAGGGAAACGGCAGUUAUUUCGGAUCGAAUCUCAGCGACGACGAGGACGAUGCUGACUGGUCGGGUGAGAAGCGGCGGAAGAAGAUCCCAGCCGUCAGGGCCAAUGGUAGUAAAAAGAACGGGAAGUCCUCCUGAAAGUAAGCCAAAAUCCGGAUAUUGCACGGAGCCAACUACUUUCUUGUAAACAUUCGGACUAAUGACGACACAUUGCAAUCCUAAAUGACUAAAGAGAACUGUUAGGGAAAAUUGAGGAAAGAAGGACGAAACGGAAUGAUUAAGUGAAACGAGUCAAAAACGUGAUAUUGGGACAGCUAAGGACGAAGCGUUUCUUAGAGCCAACUUGGGUGAUUAUUGUACAUAAAUAUAUAUUGAAACUAGUUGUUAGCCUUACACACUAUUUACUGGGCUUGAGCCGCAGCAAGUUAUCCUGAAAUGAUUUUUAUAUUCAUUAUGAAUUGGAACAGAUACACACUGAUAUCUUCACGAUUGCGUAAAAAGGACUGAUACAAAAUAGCUUAUAGAGUCUUACUCGAUAAUUGUAAAUUAUAAAUGAAUCAUGUAAACGAUAGAUUUCGAUAUUAAUAAAGCUAAUGCGAUAUUUAAUUCUUA